AGCGUUGCAGAACUGUGUUGGUGCACUAGACGGGACUUAUGUUAAAGUUCAUGUGGCCCAAAAGGAUCACAAUCGUUUCCGUUCCAUAAAAGGAGACACUGCCACAAGUGUCCUUAGUGUUUGUAACCCACAAAUGCAAUUUAUCUACGUUUUUCCUGGAUGGGAGGGGUCAGCUGCAGAUGGUAGAGUCUUAAGAGAUGCCCUCACUAGAAGAUUUCGAGUUCCCGAAGGAUGCUAUCAUUUGGUUGAUGGAGGUUAUGUAAACUGUGAAGGGUUUCUUGCACCCUAUCGAGGACAAAGAUAUCACUUAUCUGAAUGGCAAAACAAUCAUCUUCCUCAUAAUGCGAAAGCGUUUUUUAACAUGAAGCAUUCACAAGCUAGGAAUGUGAUUGAGCGUGCAUAUGGAUUACUUAAGAAUCGAUGGGCAAUCUUACGAAGCGGGUCGUGUUAUUUUAUGCCUAUGACAUGUCGAAUAAUAGUGGCAUGUGAUGAGGAUCUAUCAGACGAGGAUUCAGAGGAUCCAGAUGAUGAGGAUGAUUCAUUUGUUGGAGCUGACUUACAACCUAGUGAAGCAUGGACUACAUUUAGAGAAGAUUUAGCAACUGAAAUGUAUACUUCUUGGAUAAAUUGAAGUCAAGCAUAAAACUUGAAGUUCAUUCGAAGUACAAUUUGAAGUUCAUUUAGAAGUGC